AGCCCUGAGGGCGGAUCAGCGAAAACAAAACCCAACAAUGGCUGCGGCGGUGGCGGCGGUGUCUAUCCAAAGCGCUAGCCCCGCUAGAGAGCUCACCCUGUCGGCUCAACAAGCAGCCAUCCAGGCUACCGGUGACAGGAUUAAGAAGGAAGAAGAGGGAACAGAAGCGGAGAAGCAGAGUCGUGUGGCGGUUUUACUAGAGCGCCUCCAUGCCAAACACAGCGCCUCUCGUCCAUGGCAGGAGACCAGCAAGGUGGUCCGACAGGCUAUGGAGAAGCGUGGGGCGAUGCACGCAGCUGGACACCAGCUCCUCCUCACCUGCCUGGAGACCCUCCAGAGAGCCCUGAAAGUGUCUUCUCUGGCCUCUAUGACGGAUCGUCUGGAGUCCAUUGCGCGCCAGAACAUGCUGGGCUCCCACCUCUCCCCGUCGGGCACGGAGUGCUACAUCACCUCGGACAUGUUCUACGUGGAGGUGCAGCUGGAGCCGGCCGGGCAGCUGGUGGACGUCAAGGUGGCGCACCACGGGGAGAACCCAGCGAGCUGUCCAGAGCUGAUUCAGCACCUGAGGGAGAAGAACUUUGAAGAGUUCUCCAAGCAUCUCAAGGGCCUGGUCAACCUCUACAAGGUCCCUGGAGACAAUAAGCUGAAAACGAAGAUGUACCUCGCACUCCAGUCGCUGGAGCUCGACCUCACCAAGAUGAUGCACAUGUUCAGGUUAGCCACCAACGCUAACACGGUGGAGACCAUUCUCCACGGCAGUGUGGGCCUGCUGACGGGCCGGAGCGGCGGCCGCCUGGUGUCCCUCCAGUGCUACGUGUCUCCGUACGACGUGUUUGAGGAGGGCACCGGGACCCAGCUCAACCUGACCGACACCAACGUUCCCAGGAGCCUGGGCGUGAGUGUGUACGUCACCGUGGAGGGAACCUCGUCCAUCUACAAGCUGCCCAUCGCCCCACUCAUCACCGGCUCCCACCCAGUGGACAACAAAGGGACACCCUCCUUCUCCUCGGUCACCAACUCCAACUGCGUGGAUCUCCCCGUGUGUUUCUUCCUGAAGUUGAACCAACCAAUGGCCUUCUCCCUCUCCUUCAUCCAGCGCAUGGGGGCUGCAACGGGGAUCCCAGUGUUCGACAGCCCCCCAGCCCUCUCCCCUCUGUACCAGCUGAUCGUCCACAGCCAAUUACAGCGCUUGGACGAAGGUGGACCGCCCCCUAAGCCCUCGCACAACAUGCACUUCUACUCUUGUCUUCCAGACCAGCAGCACUGCUACUUCCUGAACGGCGACGCCCCCGUGCAGGACGGGCGCUCCCUGCAGGGGGCGCUGGUCAGCAAGAUCCCCUUCCGCCACCCGGCGCAGGUCCCGGCCAUCCUGGACAUCAUCCGUCACCAGGCCGCCUACAACACGCUGGUGGGCAGCUGCGUCAAGCGCACCUCCGUCAAGGAAGACGCAGCGGGGCUCCUGCAGUUUGAGGUGUGCCCCCUCACUGACUCCAGCUUCAGCGUCUCCUUCCAGCACCCGGUCAAUGAAUCCCUUGUGUGUGUGGUGAUGGAGGUGAUUGACUCUAAACAGGUGGCCUGCAAGCUGUUCAAGGGAAUGUCGGACGCCCUGAUCUGCACCGAUGAUUUCAUCACCAAAGUGGUCCAGAGGUGCAUGUCCAUCCCUGUGACCAUGAGGGCCAUCCGCAGGAAGGCGGAGACCAUCCAGGCCGACACGCCGGCCCUGUCCCUCAUCGCCAAGACGGUGGAGAUCAUGGUGAAGAACAACCUGCCGCCCUCCGGGAGCCCCUCCUACAACAUGGCGGGCGACGGGGCCAACCCCAUGGGCCUGCCCGGGCUCGCCGGGGGCAACACGCCCACGGGCGCCGGACCCCCCGGGGGCCCCAACUUUGCGGGCCCCAUCAGCACUCUGUUCGGGAUGAAUCGCGGGCCGGCCCAAGCUGGGGGGGAGUGCCUGGGGCAAGCCGGGGCAUCCGUCCAGCAGCAGCAACAACAACAACAACAACAGCAGCAGUUACAGCAAGGACAGCAAGGACAAGGUCACGUGGACGACUACAACAAGGUCACCCAGAACCCCAUCCUGACCAGCCUCCUGCAGAUCACCGGGAGCGUGGGCUCCAGCCCCAGCUCCCAGAACGCCCCCACGCAGCCCCACCAGACGCCGCCCCCCACCUCCUCCCCGGCCAGCAACACCAAGAACCACCCCAUGCUGAUGAACCUGUUGAAGGACAACCCCACCCAGGACUUUGCCGCGCUGUACGGCUCCAGCCCUCUGGAGCGGCAGAACUCCUCGUCCGGUUCCCCCCGGAUGGACGGCAUGGGCGGAGCCUGCCCCGGGAGCGGCAGCAAAGGGAAGAAGAAGCGCCCGCGGGGGACGGAGAAGGGCGGGCCGAUGCCCGGCACUCCUGGCGGCGGGGUCGGCCCCGGCGGCGGCGGCCUUGGCGGGAUGGGGAUGAAGGGCCAGGGGCCGAGCUCCAUGCAGCAGCACCACCACCAGCACCAGGCCACGCACGAGGACGACUUCCACCGCGAGCUCUUCUCCAUGGACGUGGACGCCUCGCAGAACCCCAUCUUCGACGUCAACCUGCCCGGCGACGGCCUGGACACGCCCCACAGCAUCACCCCGGCGCCCAGCCAAUGCGGGACCCCGCCCUCGGGCCCGGUGGUGCCCUACCACGCCCAGCCCCACGUCCAAUCGCAGCAGCAGCAGCAGCAGCAGCUGCAGCCCGCCAUGCCCCCCCGCAUGGUCCGCCUGUCCAGCUCGGACAGCAUCGGCCCGGACAUCACGGAGAUCCUGUCGGACCUGCCCGAGCAGACGGGUAAGGGCGGCGGCGGCGGCGGCCCGGGCCAGCACCACAUGGGCAGCGGGGGGGAGGACGGCGGGCCCCUGGACACGCCCAUCCGGGACUCUUCGAGCUCGGGCCAGGGCAGCGCCGUCUUCGACUCGGCGGACAUCUUCAACACCAACAGCAACGAGAUCCCCUUCACGGACGCGGCGGACCUCAUCGCGGACGCCACCGCCACGGCCGACACGCCCACCAGCGGCGACUCCAACUUCUUCCCCGACGCCGCCGACUUCAACCCGGACCUGCUGACGUCCGGCCACGGCUUCUCCCAGCGGUACUUCGACGACAGCUCGCCGAGCGCCGACGGGGACCUGGACCUGGUCAAAGGCUUCGGGGGGAGCAGCCAGCAGAACACUCCGUCCGGGACCCCCCAGAACCCCGCGCCGCACGACCAGAGCACCCCGGAGCCCUCCAUGAAGGACCCGUUCGACAUCGGCUUGGUCUUCGGGGGGGGGAACAGCGGCGGGGGGAAGCCCCUCCUGGUGCAAGCGCCCGAUUUGGGGGACGCCCACUCCGCCCACGGGGGCGUUGGAGGCAGCCAGAGCCCACUCAUGAUGGCGCUGCCGGGAGCGGGAGGCGACUUCAAGAACGCAGACGCUAAAGUGAAACAACAACAGCAGCAGCAGCAGCUGCAACAGGGACUCAUGAGACCCAAGGAGGAGGGCGGAGGAGGAGGAGGAGGAGGCGGCUCCUCUGGGAUGGGCAUGUGUGGCGGCGGCGGCAUGGGGGAAGGGAAACAGGUCAAGCGCAGUAGGACACCGUCCAGCGAGGGCAAGUCCAAAGAAAAGCUGCCCAAACGCAAGAAGCUGGACACCGACGGGAAGUCCCCAUCCCACAGCUCCGGGGGCCGGCCGUACACGCCCCCCAGCGGGGGGUCCGGCUCCGGGGGGAGCAUGGGCGGUGGCGGCGGCUCCAAGUCCCCCGGUAGCUCGGGGGGGCGCUCGCAGACCCCCCCCGGGGGCGCCACCCCGCCGAUCCCCAAGAUCACCAUUCAGAUCCCCAAAGGGACGCUCUCCGGGGGGAAGACCUCGUCCCACGGGGGGUACACCUCCAGUAGCUCCGCCUCCAGCAGCGCUGUGGGGAUGGGGGCGGGCAGCGGCGGCGGCAAAGGCCAUCACACCCACUCGUCCUCUUCCUCCGGCAAGAUCAAGACCAAGGAGGGAGCCAUGGCCCAGGGCAGCAGCUCCAAGCCCGGCGGGGGGGGGAUGGGGCCGGGGCAGUCCCAGUCCAAAGGGUCCUCUCAGGGUAUGGGGGUCAAGCCGGGGUCUUCCCCCAUCACCAAGCACGGGCUGACGGGACCGGGGGGCGGCGGGGGAGGGAUCGGCAGCAGUAACAAGAUGAAACCUCUAGGGGGCAAGCCCCCCGGGUCGCUGAUGAACCCCAACAUGAAGCCCAACAUCUCCCCCUCGCACUCCCGCUCCGGCAGCUCCGGGGAGAAGCUGUCCUCUCCCAUGAAGAUGCAGCAGUCCGGGGUCCCCGGGACCCCGCCCUCCUCCAAGGCCAAGUCGCCGAUGGGCUCCGGGGGGGGCGGCAGCUCGGGGGGGUCCAAAUCAUCCUCCGGGGGCGGGAUGGGGUCCCAGAAGCCGAUGGGAGGGGGCUCGUCCUCCGGCAACAUGUCCUCCUCCUCCUCGUCCGGCUCCUCCUCCGGCUCCAUGGCCUUCUCCGGCGGGUCGCAGUCCCAGUACGGGGGAGGAGGGGGUGGAUCAGGGGGAGGAGGGGGAGGGCAAGGGGGAGGUGGGGGGAAUAGCGGCGGAGGAGGUGGUGGAGGAGGAGGAGGGAGUGGGGGAGGUGGUGGCGGUGGGGGAGGCAGCAGCGGUGGAGGGGGAAACCAGAACAAUGCAAACAACCCAAACGCCAAAGGGAAGUCCCCCAGCCGCAACAAGAAGCCGUCCCUAACGGCGGUCAUCGACAAGCUGAAGAGCGUGGGGGGCGGCGGGGUCGGGGAGGACGGCUGCGAGGUGGGGCCCCCGACAGGCGGCCCCGCGGGAGCGGCACCGGGACCGGGUCCGGGGAACGUGCCCAACAGUGCACCCCCGAACAUGGGCCCUUCGAAGCACCCCAUGUCCUCCCAAGGGGGCGACUACAAGCGGGAGAAGUCCGAGAAGGAGGCAAAAGCCAAGGUUUCGGUUCCGGGCCCCGGUGGGGAUAAAAAGCUGAUGGACACCAAGUCGGCCGGGGGUGUCCCCGGAGCUGGCCUGGCCAAGAUCAUCAUCAGCAAGACGGACGGCGUCUCUCCAAGCAUCAAGGCCAAGGUGAGCCUCCAGAAGGCCGGCGAGGGCGGCGGCGGCGGCAUCGGCGAGUCCAUGCGCCCGCAGAUCUCCAGCCUCAAGGCCUCGCCCCUCUUCAGCGGCUCCACCCCGAGCAACAGCCGCUCGCCGGGAUACACGCCGCUCAACCACGACAGCGAGAGCGAGUCGGGCAGCAGCUCGGUGGCGGAGAAGUCCCACCAGAACAGCCCCAGCUCGGACGACGACCAGAGCAUGCGGCCGCACGCCCCGCAGGACUUCAUGGGCUCCAUGCCGCUGAGCUCCGGCGAGAAGCACAAGAAGCACAAGAAGGAGAAGAAGAGGCAGAAGGAGAGGGAGCGCGAGCGGGAGCGCGAGAGGGACCGCGAGAGGGACCGCGAGAAGGAGAAGAAGAAGUCCUCCAUGUCGAUGGGGCCCUCCGCGCACCCCAUGAAGCCCGACAGCUGGUCCCGCUCGCCCAUCUCGGCCUCGGACUCGUCCAUCUCCAUGAUGGGCCCCGAGAGGCCCCCCAGGCCCAGUCCCGUGUACAUACGAAACGAGGACGACGACCUCAUGGACUCUGCCCUCACCGGCAACCUUUAACCUUUUAACCCUCUCAUUUGACUUUUUAAAAAGUGUUGUUUGUUCUUUCCCAGCGCAUGCCAUUCUACAGAGAAAUCAAAGUAUCUAUUUACUGAGUUGCCACUGAGUUAAUAGUAGGAACCGGUUUAUUCCAAGAGUCCCUCUAUGCAAGAUGAAAUUUGCGGAGUGUCUGGAUUUGGGGGUGGUAAGCCCCUCCACUUAGCUGACUAAAUCCAAAGGGGCGUGGUUUAACGUGAAGCUCCACUCACCAUAGCAACGCCCUCCCAAGUUGCAUCGAGGGGAACUUGUAUUUUCCUGAAGUAUUAAACCCCACUGAUGCUCUAUUUUUAAAGGGUUAUUUUUACAACUGAUCUGUGCAUAGUAUGAAUGAGAGUUUAACUGCAAUGCAAAUUUUAAAUCCAAAAAGGUGGUGGUACAUCACCACCUUCCUGUCUUAAACCGCUCAACGAGGAUUCCCAGUUCCUCAAGUUUCAUUGGGGGAAAAGCUUCUUACAGUAUAUUUUUAAAAGGUUAAGAUCUAUCUCUUUGUUGUCUUCUGUGUUUAUUAUUUUUAUUAUGAUUCGUUGCAUUUGUAGUUCGAUGUUGUGGGCCCUUGUCAACCAUCACUUUUAAUGGAAGUGAGACAUUUUGUUUAAAAAAGAUGUUUGUUAUAUAAAAAAAAGUAUUCGAAAG